GUAAAGAGUUAGGUCUCAGAAACCCACAGGUGCAGUUCCACCCUGUUCUACAAAGUAUGAGUCAGCAUCAGCGUGGUGGCAGUUGAGUUUGAGGGUGUGACAAGCUUGUGCUGUGGCAGUAAUGAGCACCUGAUGAGUUGUGAGGCCCAGCCUCACAUCCGGAUGGGUCCGAAGGGGCGGUUGUGUAAUUGAGGAGUAAAUGAAAGAGACAUGAGACAAGGCCUGUAAGGACUCCCUUCUUCCGUGGAGACCGGAACCAGAAUGAGACGGAAGGACGCCAAUUCUGCCCUGCUGAGCAACUACGAGGUGUUGCAGUUACUGACAGAUCUGAAAGAGCAGCGCAAAGAAAGUGGGAAGAAUAAGCACAGCUCCGGGCAGCAGAACCUGAAUACCAUCACCUAUGAAACAUUAAAGUAUAUAUCGAAAACGCCGUGCAGACAUCAGAGUCCCGAGAUUGUCAGAGAAUUUCUCACAGCGAUGAAAAGCCACAACUUGACCAAAGCUGAAAAGCUGCAGCUGUUGAACCACAGGCCUAUGACUGCUGUUGAGAUUCAGCUGAUAGUGGAGGAGAGCGAGGAGCGGCUCACGGAGGAGCAGAUCGAGGCCCUGCUGCACACCGUCACCAGCAUCCUGCCUGCUGACCCGGAACCUGAGCCCGAGCCUGAGGGCACUGCUGCCUCGGCCAUGGAGCAGGAGGGCCCAGCCUAGCCCAGGGCACCGGCCACCGCCAAGAAGCGCCACUCCCGGGCACCGAGAGGGCUGUGAUUGGGUUUCACUCACCAUUCCAGCGGGCCUGAUUCUUUUGAUUACUGGGUGGAACACGAAAAUUCACCUAUCUCCAAAAGAUAAGCUAAGACUGAAGACUUGUGCCUCAGGGAGAAGACAGGCUGAGGUGGUCUGGGCAAGGGGCUGGGGAGAGGAGAGAGUCUGGGAUGACAGUGACCUCGCCCUUUCUGUGCUUGGAAUACUUCCUGCCCAGCCGUGGUGGCCCUGCAGGAGGUCCUGACACAGCUGCUCGCAGACUCAUGUUUCCAUGCUGGCCCUGGUAAUUGGUUCCAUGUGCUGCCCGAGGUCCGUGCCGGGGCUCCAAGCUCGGCAUCUGAGAGUGGCCCCAGAUUACCUCGAGACCCUGAGCGUACCUCCCCUCUCCGGGGUGGUCUCACAUCGGCAGGCCGCCCCAUCUGCUGGCCCACCCUGGUGGACGGCACCUUGCGAGUCUUCCAGGACACACCACCCCAGCAGUGACACCCAUGACCCCAAGGCCAAGCCAGCUGCCUUUCUAACAGUCCUGGUUUCUAGAGAUGGGAGCCCUGGGAGGGGCCGCCCUCUGGAGCAGGUGAGCUUUGUUUAUGCCCUGGGCAAACCCUCCCUGCAGAAAGACCAAGGGCACCCUGCCCAGCCCUAGCCACGGCCAGUGUCGGAGAACUGGAGGCUGUCUCAGAAGCAUUUUAAUUUGCUUCGUGAGGCAGGGUUGGAACAUGGAAGACACUGGGACGCUGACCAUGUGGAGAGCUGGUGACUUCUUCCAGCUUCAGACGGUUCAGUGCCCGGGCAUGCAGCGACCCCAGGUCCCCGGGAGAUGGCUGCGCGUGUGCUUGCUGUGCUCGCUCUGUGCCCUGUUUGCUGGAGAAACACCCAGCGGCUCUUUCUUCAGUGGCACUGCCAGUCGGAUUGCUCCCCCUUGCAACUCUGAAGCUGUUGCAGGUUAAACCCCCUCCAUUAUAAGCAACUGCCUUUAGGGCAAUCUCGACCUCGCCAUCCACACGUGUGCAAAACAGGCCGCACCAGCCUCCCAGGAGCCUGCAUCUGAGGUCUUGCUGGAGCAUUGGGCCCUGGCUUGUUGAUGUCCCCAGCAAGGUGUACCUGUCCCCAAGUCCUUGGAUCUCAUUUUAACCUA